CAUGACAUGAUAUAAAUGCUGAGCUCAAACUUGAAAGACACAGAGUUCUUUGUGAGAAUGAUUUCCGUUGUUGUUGUGCUACUCAUCGCUAGCUUUGUUGCGGGUCAAUCUGCUCGAGAAUUUUUUUGUGAAUUCAAAAGCGAUGGAGUGUUCGAACAGAAUGUGGAACAAAGUCUAUUACAUCUAAAUGAAGGUCCAUUCAUUUACUUUGACGAUUGUGAAGAUGCACUCAAGAAAGGAUUUACGCUUAGCGGCGUCUAUCGCAUCAAACCCAAAUCUUCGUUUAGACCGUUCCAAGUGUGGUGUGACAUGGAAUCGGAAAGUGGUGGAUGGACUCUCAUUCAAGUCAGAUAUGAUGGAUUGACUGAUUUCUUCAGAAACUGGGUGGAAUAUCGGAAUGGAUUUGGCCGCGUUGAUGGUGAUCAUUGGCUUGGAAAUAAUUUUAUUCAUCAAUUGACGGAAAACAAUGAUUAUCAGCUGAAGAUUGAAGUGACUGGCUUCCAAGAUAAUGAGUUUGCUUUCGCCAAAUACUCUCCAUUCCACAUUGGAUCGGAAGACGAAAACUAUAGACUCUACAUUGGAAAUUUCAGUAGUGAAGGGCAAAUUAGUGAUUCGCUCUCGUCUCAUAAUGGAUCUAUGUUCUCAACGAAAGACAACGACAACGAUGAUUGGCCAGCUAACUGUGCUGAGAGAUUCAAAGGAGCUUGGUGGUACCGUGGAUGUUAUCAGUCUAACCUUAAUGGCAUUUGGAUGAGCAAACAACGUUCUAUUGCAGUCAGAGGUCCACAAACGGUUGACAACGAAAUUGGUAUAAAUUUUCGAAAUGUUUUCAACGUAUAUUUUUACAGUUUGAAAAGCGUUGAAAUGAAAGUAAAGAAGUUGAGGCGUACAUGAUUAAAUUGUCAGUGUAUUUUAACAAAACAACUAUGAAUCUUCAUCUUUAUUUAUUGUGGAAAUACAUUAGAGGCCAAAUCUA